UCUUGUCUGUAGUCUAGUGUUAAAGUUUGUAUAGUGAAUUCUCAUUUGAAAUUUAAUAAUAAAACUUCAUUCUAAACGAUAUAUGAAAUUUAAGACUAUUUAUCCUAAUCUGCGGUGUUAAUUUGAGUUUGUGCAUGAAAUUCGUAUAAGUAACGUAACAAUCAUACAGUGUUAUGUUUACCAUUUUAAUAUUUUUUUACCGUUAAAAAAUAACUUGUGUAUAAAAUUGUAAAUAAUGUGUAAAUUCGGAAGUUUUUUUAAUGUGGCAACUUCAGCAACUGUCCAAUAGCUUUUAAGCUUAAUUUUUUGCACCCCCAAAAGCAGCUGCUGCAAACAUUCCAUAUCACACCACCAACACCACCCCUUUUUUCUAACAAACAAAAAAGGAACACUAACAAUUAAGGAAAAUUUUUUGACUCAUACAGUUUGUUGGUAACAAAUAGAAGAAAAUUUAAAAUUUUACAACUAAAAAUAGUUUUUAUAGUUUACAAUUAAAAUAAAUCUUAGAUAAAAUCAAGUUUCCUACUUACUGCUACCUCCAAGUUUAAAAAAGAAAAAAAAAAAACUUAAAAAGAAAACCCCCAAAAAUAGAAAAAUCAAAAGUACAUAAUUAUGGCAAAUUGUGAUUUAUAUGACAUUUGGUCCAAGGCCUGUAAUCAUUAUGACAUACCCGAAGAUACAAUACGUUCCUGGUAUGAACGUAUACGCAGUAAACUCAAUGAGGAUGUCACCAAACGUGUCUAUCACAAUUGGUCUUGUAUGUUGGCACCCAAACGCACUGAAUUGGAAACAGCCAAACCACAUAUUGUCUUAGCUGCCUUUUUCCAAUAUUAUGAAUUUGAUUUAGAAAGAAGUUGUGUACAAGAUAAUUGUAAAAUAUUUCGAGAAUUCUGUCAAGAUGGUUUAAUUGAAGAUGAAAAUAUGAAACAGUUGGUCUGCCGUUUAUUGGGCGAAAAGAGUACAGAAGCAAUUAAUGGUGACAUUGAUUAUGAUAUGGCAUUUUUACAGGAUUUGGAUUUAUUAAUAUUGGCCUCAACGCCAGAUGUUUACAAAAACUAUGCACAAUUGUCACGUCAAGAGUGGUCUACAGCGGGUAAAACUAAUUUCGAUAUGUUAAGGCGUAAAACACUCACCACAUUAUUGGCCUUGGAUAUCUAUCAAACUCCAGAAUUUAGUAAUAAAUAUGCCAAAAUAGCACGUGCCAAUAUUGAACAAGAACUUAAAGAAUUAGAAAAUUGUUAGAUAAAUGCAAAAAUUC